UCCUCUGAGGUUGCGAAAGAGCAAGCGAGAGAGACGUUGACAAACACACCAAGUUGAAGGAGACAAGAAGAACGAAGGUAGCCAUAUUGGUUCCACUUCGACAUGUCGGCCUAGGCGACUAUAUGGAAGCUCGAGAACACUUCAGCGAUUCUUCAUUUAGGAAGGAGACCGCUGGAUGAGAUUGAAGUUUAGGUUGUUUUAAGGGCACUGCCUAAAAGAAGAACUCGAUUCUGAGGCCCCAUCAAAUUAACUUACUUGGAAGUAUUCUGUGGCGAGGAGGAGGACGUAGGAUGAAUUGCGCCAGAGUGCCAUAUCGGUCAGAGGUCAUGGAGUGGAGCCCGCAGCAGCUGGCCGAAUACCUGAGGAAGAUGAAUCUGGCCGACUGUGAUAGAACUGUGUUGAAGAACUCCAUCAACGGAAUGCGAUUUGUGAACCUAAGUGAGAAUGACCUGCAAAAAUUCCCCAAACUUCACUCGCCGAUUAUUUCCAAGCUGAGUGCCGACAUUAGCAAGAAGGAGGAAAAACGAUCCCUGUUUGGUAAAAAAACUUUGACCGCUAAAUUUCAUGAACCAGUUCGUGAUGUUAAAGGUUCGGGUGACAAUUAUUCUGACGGCGACGUCAACGAUUACGAGAGCCCCAAUAGCGGCGGCGAGGACAGCAGCCAGAGUGACUACGAGAAACCCAAACCAGGUAAAAACUACAGCGACCUCAUGUUUUAUGACGGCGACGUCAACGAUUACGAGAGCCCCAAUAGCGGCGGCGAGGACAGCAGCCAGAGUGACUACGAGAAACCCAUUGACGACUUGGACGGGGUCGAUGCCGAGCAUUACGAACUUCCCCCUUCGGAGCCCGCGGAGGACUUGGCGCAGAAGCUGCGCAGCGCCGUGCACCUGGGAGACACAGACUACAUCGAUAACCGGGACAAAGGCGCGUCAUCUCGAGACGCACCGCCUGCCGUCCGCCCCCGCCCACCGGUGGCAUCGCGCCCUGCGCUGUCGCCUCGGGCGGGGGUGUUUGUGCAGCCCGUUGAGAAAAGUCGAGAUCACUCUCCCCACUCUUCGAGACGAGCAUCCGAGAAGACGUUUCCAGGACCGCCGCAGAUCUUUCGUGGCAACAAGCCGGGCCGUAAUUCCUCUCCAAUUCAAGGUUCUAAUGUAACAGAGAGGCCAGGUAUACCCUCUCGAAGGUCCACGCCUCUUGUACCACCUCUUUCCUCCGCGGCCUCCAUCGGCAGGAGCAACUCAUCCGUCAAGCCUCCUCCUCCCAGGACUGACGGUAUUCGGGAGCAUGCACACAAUGAUGCAUCCAAACUCAACACAUUACCCCUCUUCCAUAAGAUUCCGCCCCACCGGCCGACACCCGCGAGCCGCCAUGGAGACAGUUUGCCUCUUGGCGCCACUUCUGUUGCGUCACUGCCUCUCAGUGUCUCUUCCGCUCCUGAUGUUGAAGGCUGGGAUGAUGACGAGUUUGAUGAUGAAGAUCCCGAUUAUGAGAAUCCAAACAGCGGUGGCGAUGAGAGCGGCAACAGCACCGAUGACGACGCAGCGAACGACGACACGGACUGGGCCGACAAUUACGAACCGCCUCCCACGGAGCCCUCUGAGGAGCUAACUCACAAGCUGUUGCCCGCCGUGACCUGCGGAGAAGGCGAUUACAUUGAUAAUAUGGACAACCAUGUGUCCUCCAGAGGCCCGCCGCCAGCAGUGAGUCUUCGCCCACCGGUCUCUUCACUUCCACCUCUGUCGCCCCGCUUGCCGGGUGAGUCGCUGUCCAAUCGAGAUCACUCACCGCACGGUGCAAGACAACCAGCACCAGCGGCGAAGCUGCUUCCGGGGCCACCGCAGAUUUUCCGUGGAAACAAACCAGGCCGAAACACAUCCCCCAUUCGAGGGCCCAACACAGAAGAGAGGCCGCCUGCACAACCCCGAAGGUCUCAGGCGGAUGUCCUUGCCCCCCCCGCUAGGCCCAAACCUCCCGGGCCUCCUCCUUGUUCCUCGGCCUCCGUUGGCAGGAGCAACUCCUCUGUCAGGCCUCCUCCUCCCAGCAGGUUUGACGGAAUGAGACAGCAAACACACAGCGAUGCACCCAAACACAACACAUUUCCCCUCCAUAAAAACCAGGCGCCGCGCCCACCACCACCUGGUCGCCAUGGAGACAGUUUACCACCUGGUGCCACUUCUGUUGGCUCACUCUCUCUUAAUUUUAAGCCUGCCCAUGCAGACAACAGAAGCAACUUUGCUGGUUCAGACCGCUUUCAUUCGCUGCCACAAAAACCUUCACUCAAACAGGGAAUGGACCCUCGCUGGUAUGUUGGUAAAGUGACCAGGGGUCAAGCUGAAGGGUAUUUGAAACAAGUCAGCAAGGACGGGGCAUAUUUAGUGCGGGACAGCUCCCACCAGAAGUCCAACCAGCCGUACACGCUGAUGGUCCUCUACCACAACAAAGUGUUCAAUAUCCAGAUUCGCCACGAGGACAAGCAGUUCCAACUGGGAACUGGACUCAAGGCCCAGGAGUCCUUCUCCUCAGUGUGCGACAUCAUCAAAUAUCACUCCCAGUGUCAUCUGCUCCUCAUUGAUACCAAAAAGCGCUCCUCGGGCCAGCAGAACCAGUGUCUGCUGUCAGAGCCAGCAGGGAUUUACAUGACUGGACCGCAAUGAUCCCACUGAGACCUUUACAAUAAUGGAGUCAAACACUUUAGACCCAUUCUGGUUUUAACAGGUUGAAUUACUGUUAAUGUAGGUUUUUUUUCCCUUUCUAUUUGUCACUUCUUUUCAUCCGAGUGUGACUUUACAUACCCUCCACUUAUCUAAAUGCGAACAUGCAAUGGGAAACUCAAUCGGAACACGGGGUGUUAAUUAACACCUAUGUGGAGGUUGUUACCUUUUCUCGGAUAUCUGAACACAAACGGUGCAGCAAGACAUUUAGACAUUCAACAGAACAGUACCCAUGUUUAUAUAUUCUUUAUCCUCUACAAGGAGGUGGAGACAUGUAUUGUAUGGAUUAGGUACAGUGGGGAAAAAAGUUAGCAACACAAUGGUCAUUCAAAUGAUAAAAAGUACGACAAAAUUAUCACUUUUUUAAAAUUCUAUCUGAUGGCGGUUCUACUGUAUGUUUUUUGCUCAAGUAGCCUACAAUAAUAUGGAGCGCUAUGAUUCCUCAUUAAAAUACACGUUAAAACAU